AUGACCCCCCUAAGUGGGCCUUCAACAGUUGGUCGCAUAGGAAACGGAGCACGAUUUAUUUCGAACAAUGGCAUUGAAGUGCGAGAUCUAUCUUUUGGAGUCGAGUCUUCAGGUCUUCCGAACUCAUCUACGCAUUACGGCUCUUCUGAGACUGACGUUUCCCGUCAAGGAAGCUUGCAGAUCUUACUUGGUGAAGGGUCAGAGCAUUCAUCAACCAAGAAGCAAAAGCUAGAUCAUAUUAAAACUGAACCUUUGAACGGAAAAUCAUCCGACUUUGAGAAAAUACUUGCAAAGCUUUCCCCUCAAACAAUUCUUCCUCGCGCUGAAGCCGAUCGAUCCCCUGCUUCGUCGCAUAUCACAUCAGCCAUAAAGUCAGUGCCAGCUUCGGACCUCGCCGAACUCACCCAGUCUUAUACAAAAGAGGACAAAGCGGGAGAGUUGCUUCGCCUCAAGCAGGAACUUCUUGCCGCAAACUCGAAGAUAGCUCUACAAGAGCAAGAGCUUGCCCAAACCCGUGUCAUAAAACAUACCCUGGAUCAAGCCCUCGGUCCUCCAUCAGAAGCCGAUUUCGGUAAUCGUGAAAUCACAGGACAGACCAUCGGCCACCUGCAAAAUGCUUUCAAAGCAUCUAACUCUGCUUUUGGUCAAUUUCAAGAUGCCUGGGGUGGCCAUGAAGAUUCGAGAUCUGAUAGCUCCGAACUAUUGUCUGCAGGGGCAUACAACAGAUCUCGUGGGCUCUGGGUCCACCAUGAGCCAUCCAUGGACAGAGUAUAUGGAGGGUCUCUAGCAGGGGCCAGUAGUUCCACAAGCCAGGAUCCUAAUCGAUACUGGGGAAUUUCCAGUGUAUAUCAAACAUUUGCCGGGCCACAAUCUUUGCAAUCCCAGAGGGCACUUCCGGGGCCCUCGCCCAGUCCAUGUGGGUUCUACCCACGCCCCAUGACCGAGCAAAUGCGAAAUAUCUCAGUUCCAGGUCAUGGAGCCCGUCGUUCCAUCACCCAAAACAGUCGAGGCGGGUCUCUGGUUCCAAUUCAGCCUUCUCCUUGGGGUGAAUUUGCUUCUGGGUCAUCCAGCGAGCACACCAUCAAAUCGCCACCCUCUCCGACGAAAAGACCGCCGAGUACUUUGCAACAGACUGGACUUUACUCUGCGCCUCCAUAUCUUCCUCGGCCAAUUGGUAGCCCGCUCUCGCCGACUGCGACUGAAUUCACGGGCUCUGGCAAUGAAAGCACAUGGAGCACCUCAUCGCUGAGCGGCAAUUCUGUUCAAACAUAUGUGUCGCCACUCGAGCCACUGAACUACCGACGUCUACUUGACAAAAACGUGUCGUGUGAUUGGAAGUACAUAGUGGACAAGAUUGUUUGCAACAAUGACCAACAAGCCUCAAUUUUCCUGCAACAAAAGCUCAAGGUCGGAACGACUGAACAGAAGUUCGACAUCAUCGAGGCAAUCAUACAACAAGCCUAUCCAUUGAUGGUCAAUCGCUUUGGGAACUUUCUCGUACAACGCUGCUUUGAACACGGAACCCCGGAGCAGGUCAUCGCUAUCGCCAAUGCCAUCAGAGGCAACACAAUGAACCUCAGCAUGGAUCCAUUCGGGUGCCAUGUGAUCCAAAAGGCCUUUGAUUGCGUUCCAGAAGAGCAUAAGGCAACUAUGGUGCACGAACUUCUCCGUCGAAUCCCUGAGACGGUUAUCCAUCGAUAUGCAUGCCAUGUUUGGCAGAAGCUCUUCGAACUUCGCUGGAGCGGUGAUCCCCCACAGAUCAUGACCCAAGUAAACGAGGCAUUGCGCGGAAUGUGGCAUGAAGUUGCUCUGGGCGAGACAGGAAGUUUGGUGGUUCAAAACAUCUUUGAGAAUUGUGUUGAAGAGGAAAAGCGACCGGCGAUCGAAGAGGUUCUUGCAAAGACCGACGUCCUCGCUCAUGGCCAAUUCGGGAACUGGUGUAUCCAGCACAUCUGCGAGCACGGCUCCCCUCCCGACAAAAGCCGUGCUAUUGAACAUGUGAUUCAUUGGGCUGUUGACUACAGCAUGGAUCAGUUUGCGUCCAAGAUCGUGGAGAAAUGCCUCAAGAUUGGUGGAGCAGAAUUCAUGGACCGUUACCUUGAUCGCGUCUGCACUGGCCGUUCUGACCGACCCCGUAUGCCGUUGAUUGACAUUGCUGGAGAUCAGUAUGGAAAUUAUCUUAUCCAAUGGAUUCUGAUGAAUGCCGGGUCUCACCAACGAGACCUUGUGGCUGGUCACAUUCGGAAACAUAUGGUUUCCCUCCGGGGCUCCAAAUUCGGGUCUCGCGUGGCUAUGCUCUGCUGCAACCCGUCUCAUGCUACACGUCCUGGCCCAGGUGCUGGUAUGCAAAUUGGACGUUUCACCAACUUCAAUGACGAGAAGUUCAGUCCCACAAGUCAGUCUAGUGGUCGAUUUAGCCGCGGAAACCAAUGGGGUCCCAAUUAUGCGCCACUUCGUUGA